GUUGAACGUCGUCGUCUCUAGCACCACGUUGGCUGGCUCAGAAUCCUCCUCACACCGGCCUAGACGGACAUGCCCGAGCUCUGAUUGGGGCUUCGAGUGCCUCCCGACACGUACGCUCGUCAUGCGUAGGCGAAGAAGCGAGACGAAGUGCGACUUUGCGGCGGCCGAGUCAACAAGCUUGACAGGAAAAGUGUGCCUCCAUGGCCCUCCACCUCUUACGGCGGGCUUCCUGGACGUGCCAUACAGGGAAAAUGAGGCUGUGCCACUGCCGAGCUACCGACGUCAUUCGUCCAAUCUCGACACAAACGCGUUGGUCCCCGUCCCAAAGUUCGGUGGCUUUGCGCACAUGGGACUGCUUUCACCUUUCUAGCUGUUGUUCAAAGUCUUUUUCGCCCUGCAUAACGGAGACCGAGUGGUCCUAAAGUCUCUAGCCCACAGUAUCCAGUCUGCCAGUCUCCUUGACUGGUCUCGGCUUUGCAAUCCGACGCCGAGUGACAGACGAAAUUGCUGUAUCCGUAUUGCCGUAGGCGGGCAAAAAAAGGGCCCAAACGGAUGCCUCUCCUUUGCUGGGCUGCCUCAAGCCAAGCAACAUCCAUGGAAUGCCAACUCUAAUGUCGCCGUACCGCCGUAUCCCCCGGUGGCGACGCAGAAGUAGGCGAAGCUUUGCCCUUUUCCCCACGCCCCAAGGUCGUCACUGGGGGCUGACGACGCGGCUUUGCGACGACUUGGAGCCCAGAUUCAGGCACCCUUUCAUGGCUAUUGGGCACACUCACACCUGGGGGGCAUGUGAUGUUCGGUCGAGAGACGUCUCGCGCCGCAAUGCAGGCUUGCGCUGCGUAACUGCGUAAUCCCACAUAAGCUUGUUCUUUGCUCUUUGGGCUGGGCGAACAGUAGUCUCCUCUUUAAAAGGUUCUCCCUUCCCAGUGUUGUGCUCGCACCCUGUUCUCAAGGUCCAAGACCUUUCCCUGCGCAAUCACUCACAUCACACAUACAUCGAGACCAGACUGUGAUGGGAUCAUUGUACGAGGUUCCAGAAACCAGUCGUCACCGCCCAACUAACGUCUCUAUCAGACCCGAACGCGACAUGGCUCCCAAUAUCGACUCGGCGCUGGGGACGGCGGACAUGGCGAAUGAGCAGCGCGGCCUUCUCGAGCUCAUCGACAAGCUGCAAUUUGCCCAGCUCGACAAUGUCAAGCUGCCACAGAUCGUCGUCGUCGGCGACCAGUCGGCGGGAAAGAGUUCCGUCCUCGAGGCCAUCACUGGCACCCCGUUCCCUCGCGAUGCCGGCGCCUGCACACGCUUCGCAACCGAAAUCCGCCUGCGCAGGUCGGCCGAAGCGAGUCUCACCGUCUCCAUCAUCCCCGACAAGAACAAGCCUUUCAGAGACCAGGAGCGGUUAAAGCAGUUUGGCGGAGCUGUCGACACAGACAUGUCCUUUGAGUCUCUCAUGAGAUCUGCGGUGGAAAUGAUUGCCCCCAAGAACAUUCCGGGCAGAUUCGCCGCCCGCGACAUUCUGGUGGUUGAGAAGAGAGGUCCGGACAUGCCUCUGCUCACCCUCGUCGAUCUUCCAGGUCUCGUCAAGAACGCCAACAACGACCAGUCGAUGGACGACAUCAAGACGAUUGAGACCCUUUGCGACCGAUACAUGAAGAGUUCCCGAACCAUUAUCCUUGCUGUCGUUGGCGGCAACACCGAUUACGUUCAGGCACCCAUUCUCACAAAGGCACGCCAUUUCGACCCCUCCGGCAGCCGUACCAUCGGUGUCCUGACAAAACCCGAUCUUUGCGAGUCGAUCGGUCUGGAAGACAAGUUCAUCGAGCUCGUCCAGAACAGAGACAAGCAAAAUUACUUCAAGCUCGGCUGGUAUGUCUUGCUGAACCCUGGACCCCGCGACCAAGGCCAGCCUUGGCCUUCAGCCCGCGAACGUCGUCAACGUGAGGAGGAAUUCUUUGGCCGCGGAAAAUGGCGCGCUCUUCCCAGCUCCAUGUGUGGUGCCAAUGCGCUCAAGCAAAAGCUGAGUGUUCAGCUGCAACGUCACAUUGGUCGUCACGUCAAGACACUUCGCAAGCAAAUCCAGAAGGCGCUCGACGACUGCGACUCAGAGCUCAAGUCCAUGGGCACUGGAAAGGACACUGUCGAGGAGAUGCGCAUCGAGCUCGUUGAGCUUUUCUCCAGUUCCAAGGAACUGGUUAUCCCCGCCGUCUAUGGUUUCUAUAAGAACCCUCCUCGCAAGAACUUCUUCCGCGCCACAGCCGACCCCCGAGGCACUCCCGCUCAGAACUUGCGUGCCCGCGCCAUUGAGGAGAACGAAAAGUUCUCGCACCGUAUCCGCCAGAACGGUCGCAAGUUUGGCUUCUCGUCAUCCACUGCACCCGGUACCGCAGACGGUGUUACCAUCAGCGAUAGCAGCAAGAGAGAGUUUGUCGGUAGAGAAGUCGAGAUGCUUCUGCGGCAGAUUCGUGGUUCCGAAUUUCCCAUGGAUCCCAAGCCUCGCGCUGUCUACAUGCUUUUCCAGAGCUACUCGGAGAACUGGCCAAAGCUCGCUCAGGAGCACAAGGACAAUCUCGGCGUCGUGUGCAACGAGUUCCUCAGUGAGGUCAUUGACUUCGCGUGGCCUCAGCGUAUGCGCGAGCCCCUGCGCUACCAAUUCCUCGAUGUUCAGAUGAAGAAGCUUCUGGCCGACGCACAGGUCGAGCUUGAGCACCUAACGCAAGACAUGAACCUCGAAAUCCAGCCGUACGACCCCGAGUACGAGGAGCGUCUUCGCAAGUGGCAGAUUGAGACCACCAACGAUGGUGCCACCUACACCGAGGCGCAGGAAGUCUGCGAGAAGAUGUUGAUCUUUUAUGAGCUUGCAGCCAAGACCUUCAUUCGCAACACCAUUACGCAGGUCGUCGAGAGACAUUUGCUGCAGGGCAUGUACAGCAUCUUCAACUCUGUUGAGAUUCUCGGCAUGCCUGCCGAGACGGUCGAAGCUAUUGCGGCCGAGAACAAGGAGACGCGCGACCGCAGAAUGACGCUCAAGACGCAGAAGACUGCGAUCGAGGAGGCCCGCGACAUUUGCGCCAGCUUGGCCAUGCGCAAGGAGCUGAGAAUGUACGCCGACGAAGACCGCGAUCUAGAGGACAACAGCUCCGAUUCGGACGAAGACAAGCCAAAGCAGACAACCACGCGCAAGCCCGUCAGCAACAAUGCCAGCCCAAGCCGCGAAACUACCCAUCGUUCAACGCGCUCUCGCGAUGAGCGCGAGGAGCGUCCCUCAGCGAGAACACAACCCACCGAGUCGGUGACGAACGGCUACUCCUACGGCGGCCACCCAGCACCGGCACAGGCUCCUCCCGUCCCGACCUCGCGACCGGAGCGUGCCGAGCCCGCUAGGACAAACACCAGCACGUCCCAGUGGGAAGAUGAAGAGUACUACAGAGCUCCUUCCUCCCAACAGGCCUCCGCGCCGGCCCAGGCACCUCCCCCGCCUCCUCGUCCCCAGAAGCUGAGACCCGAGGACGCGGCGUCGGAUGCGUAUAGCCACCGCUCGCAGUCUUCGAUUUCGGAGCAGCAGCACGCUAAUGGCUACGGAGGGUACUAUGACGCCAAUGAGCACGCGCCCUCGUCUACGAGACGUGUGACUGCCAAGAAGCUGUUUGGUAGAGGUUAAAUUGAGAGAAGAUGAGAGACAGACUCCAGUUUGAGCAUGGGAUUCUAAAUUUUAG